AUGGCUAGUCAUAAAAGCGGAGGUGGUAUUGGUCAGCCCCUCCACUGGUCUGAGAGGGAGAGAAGGCUCUGGAUACUAGUAUUAUUUAUAUGUUCAAUACUUAUUUAUGCUGCCAGGUCCUCCCUCUCUGUAUCUAUAGUUGAAAUGGCCUCAGAAUUUGACUGGAAUAAAAGAACGUGUGGUAUCAUUCUCUCCUCAUUCUUCUGGGGUUACAGUGCUACUCAGGUGAUAGGAGGACAGUUAGGUGAUAAAUAUGGUGGAGAGCUAGUACUGUGGACAUCAGCACUGGUUUGGGGUGGGGCAGUUCUAUCAAUAUCUAUUGUAGCUAGUAUAUCAACCACUUUAGUCUUUGUAGCUCACCUCACUAAUGGACUCAGUCAAGGAGUGUAUUUCCCUGCUAUUGCUAGUUUAUUGACCACUAGAGUAUCUGAUGAGAAUAGAAGUUUUGUAAACGGGGCUGAUACAUGCUGGACCACAACUAGG